GCCUCGAGCCCAGUCCGCUCCGUGCUGCCGCCGCGCACGCACGCGCAUGUCGCUCGUUUUUGAAUCAAGUGAUGUGAGGUGGCCCCCGCCGCUACCGAGUGUUGCGCGAUUGACGCGCUUGUUUCGCGAAAGAGUGCGCCAGGUGAAGGCUCAACAGCCUUCGAACCGGCAAGACGCCGUCCACCGUGGAUCUAAGGUACGGCGCCAUGGCGGCGACCACGUAUAUGCCGGGAGAGCUGGAUCUCGGCAGCAUCAGCGGCUAUCACGCUGCGUCGCCGCGCAGCGCUGAGCCGGCUGACAUGAAGUACCAGCACCACCUGCACGCAAGCGGGUCUCCUUCGCCAGGCGCGCCCGUGGGUCUAAACCCGUGGGCUUCGCUACCGCCUGGUGAUCCCUGGUCCAUGCAUCAGCACCACACUCAUGUGCAUCAACCUGACGUUAAGCCACCGGCUGCUCCACACGAUCACCGUCACUUGCAAGGCCAUGGCUGGCAUGCACCGGUUGUAUCAGCACAUUACGGCGCUGUUUCGCCCUAUCCGGUGCCCAUGCACCAGCAUCACAUGCUGCGGGAUGUGCAGCCCUCGCCGCAUCCCAUGCAUCAUCAUCACGCGCUCGAACGUGACCAGCCAGAAGAGGACACACCGACCAGUGAUGACCUAGAAGCGUUUGCCAAACAAUUUAAGCAACGCCGUAUCAAACUCGGCUUCACGCAGGCUGACGUAGGUCUCGCAUUAGGAACCCUUUAUGGCAAUGUGUUUUCUCAAACAACGAUAUGCCGAUUCGAGGCUCUACAGCUCAGUUUCAAAAACAUGUGUAAAUUGAAACCACUUUUGCAAAAAUGGCUAGAGGAAGCCGACUCUACGACGGGUAGUCCGACUAGUAUCGAUAAAAUAGCCGCCCAGGGUCGCAAGAGAAAGAAGCGAACAUCCAUCGAAGUGUCAGUGAAGGGUGCGCUAGAACAACACUUUCAUAAGCAGCCAAAACCCUCCGCCCAAGAGAUCACGAGUCUCGCAGAUAGUUUACAACUAGAGAAGGAGGUAGUCAGAGUAUGGUUUUGUAAUCGUCGGCAAAAGGAAAAGAGGAUGACGCCGCCGAACACGUUAGGCGGUGAGAUGUUGGACGGAAUGGGCCACGGGCACUACGGGCACGACGUGCAUGGCUCACCACCGCUGCAUGCUCACUCGCCGGCGCUGUCACCACACGCGCAGCACGGCCAGCACGCACCGCACGCGCCGCACUCGCAGCACCCGCAACACGGCCUCCAGAGCGCGCACACCCUAGCCGCACACUAACAGUUCGCCCCGUGGGCGCCGCCGCGGCCUUACUACGCGGAGCCGCACUAGCCGCCCGCGGGAUCUGUACAUAGGAAGCCCGUCGACCGACCGUUGCACUGUAAAUAGUUCGCGGAAGCUGAUUCAGUUUUUUUUCUAUUAAUUUUGCCGCGCGGUCGCGGGCCCAGUGACCUCGUAGUGUGUGACCAAACAGUUCGCGAUUAGACGAUGAUCGCGACCCGCCUCGUUGCCGUCGCCGCCGUCGGUGGUAAGUACGCGUGACGCGAACGUGACGAGUGCGACAGGAUACCGGCGAGGACCGCCACACGCUACUACUUACAAAAGACGAUUUCAUCGAAUUUAUUUAUAGAUAUUAUAUAAAUUAACGAUGUUCAUACAUGCCUACCUGUUUGUAGGCGAGUCGUCGUGGUGUGGAUUAAAUUUAAAACCGUUGCUACUGUAAAUUAUUGAUUAGUGAUGAUGUCGAAAGUGAAGGAAACGAAUCGGGUCGUAGCUUCGUUAAGUGAGGGAAUACGAUUGAGUCAAUAGGUGCAAUUUAUGUUUUAAGUACUGAUGAAGCGUAGUGGCGAGGCGUAACGGGACGGGACGGGACGCGGACUCGUCUCUGUCCCGUGUCGCCACCCCGCUAGACCCUAGCUCCCGUAAUUUAUUUGAAAUUAAGCACAUACGAUGCCAAAAUGGUUUUAUUCCUGUUUUCAAUUGUUUUGUUGUUUUUCGUUUAUGUAAUUGUGGCCAAGUUCGGUACUUAGUUUUUUUUUUGUAUAAAUAGGUAUUUUUUUUAAUAUAAAAUAAUGUUAUUACAACGUAUAUGAUGAUAUAUUAAAAAGUUCUUUAUAGAAACUGACAUAUGAUUAUGACUUUUAUUGAGGAUGUCCCGGUUUUGGGUGCAUGUUUGUUAGGGGCAUACUAGAGACAAUCAGUUAUACCUGACGAGCUAAUCUCCAGGCAUUGUGUUGUGAGGAUACGGCGCUGUACCUACCGUGGCCCGUGAUCUGUAACAGCUCUACUAGUUGACACACGAUAGUUGUAUGCGUAGUGAGAGGUGCUCGCCCGAUUCGAACCAAACUAUUGUAAAUGUAAUUAAUUCGUUAUUCUCAACGAAGUUGACAAGUUGAUAUGUAUAUAAAUGUAUAAUAUAUUAGGUAAUAACAGAUGGCAGUGGUAGUGCAAGCCUCUAGUAGGUAAAUAAUGAAUAAUUAGUUUUAAAAUGUUUUAUAUUAUUAUCUAAGUAUUUAAAUAAACCAGAGUAAAUAUUUUA